CCCUUAUUUUCUCAGAGCUUGCAUUGAUGUUCCCUAAGUCCGGCGGGGACCACACUUAUCUCCAGGAGACCUACGGUGAUGUAUUAGCCUUCCUGCAUGGGUGGGGUGCCGUACUUGUUGUCCGACCUAUAACAUUAGCCAUCGUUAGUAUAGUGUUGGGUGAAUAUAUUAUCUAUCCAUAUUUUGAUGACCUGUGUUAUCGGGAUGAAACGAUGGUCAAACUACAUGCGGCUACAUUUAUAAUAAUCAUGGUGCUGGUGCAUGGUUAUGGGUUGAAGCUCAUAUCAAAACUUCAAGUAGUAUUCACCAGCAUCAAGGUCGUUACACUCUUGCUCAUCAUCAUCAACGGCAUGAUCAACAUCUCAAUGGGGUACACGAAUUACUUGGAUGUGAAUACGUCAUUUGACGGGACAAAUAAGAAUGCCUUUGCUUUCGGGAUGGCCUUUUAUCAAGGAAUGUUUGCUUAUGAAGGAUGGAACUCUUUAACUUACACAAUGGAAGAAAUGAAAGACCCUGCUAAAACCUUACCAAGAGCCAUAAUGAUUGCCAUGCCAACAAUAACAGUUCUCUACGUAUUGGUUAAUAUUUCUUAUUACACCGUACUGAGUCCGCAACAGGUCCUUAAGGACGAAGCAAUCGCUACGACCUUCUCAUCAUUCACACUGUAUGGGAAAGGUAUUUUACAAGGGUCUCUACCAUUUCUUGUGUGCUGUGGUGCAUUUGGAUCAGCUAAUGGUCUUUGUUAUACAUAUUCUAGAAUGGCUGUUGCUCUUGGUCGAGAAGGUCACAUGCCUCAGAUUGUAGGCAUGGUAAACCCUGAUACCAUGUCACCUAACUUUGCUCUAUUCCUCAUGGGCCUUAUGUCAAUCAUCACUCUUCUGCUUCCGGUCAGCUUAGAACAUUUAAUUGAGUUUUUCAGCUUCGCUAUCUGGCUAUCAUACUUUUUUAUCUCCAUCGCUGUACUUAUCUUAAGAUACACAAAGCCAGACCUUCAUCGUCCUUUCAAGGUACACUGGUCGCUACCAGUCUUAAUGGCUUUUCUCUCUGUUUUCUUGAUAAUUGCGCCAUUCUUCGAAGCUCACGGUGUAAAUGAGGUUAUUGCUGCGACAGCGAUUAUCGUGGCUGGAUUAAUUGUCUACGUGCCUUUCAUCUAUUACAAAUAUCAGCUGCCAUUUAUGGAUAAAAUCACCAUCUUCGUUCAGCUCUUUUUAUGCAUCGUCAACACGGAAUACAAACCUCCUGAAGACUUCCCAAUUUAUAAAGAUGAUCACUACAACUCCGAGAGCCACAACCACAAAUAACUUAUUACCAGUAUGCAGGGAAAGUGACAUAAAUCGAAUGAGUAUCGAAGCUCUGUUUUGUGCUAUCAGCGAUGGUUCAAAAUUAUGAAAUUUUGCGCCAGGAACUCACUUUGGAAUUUGUGACUUGUAUUUUUCGCAACCAGUUGUCCUUACAUAACACGGGCUGCUCGAAACAUGUAUAACCAGCUUACAUUAUAAGAAGAGUGAAGUGACGUCACAUUUCUUACUUUGAAUAAGAAAAGUUAUACUUUCUUUCGCCUGAUUCCGUUCCGCAACCACUGACAUUCUGUUCAGUACAGCGAUCACGUCUGUUCAGUACCAGUUUCCACCGUUGUCUGCUUCAGACCUCCGACCGUGUGCUUCAGACCAACCCGUCUGCCCCGGACCACCAGCCGUCUGCUCCAGACUCCGAAGUUCGGAGUCCGAACCGUCUGCUUCCAGACCAAGCAGGGUGCAAUGCACCCCGUGGGCGCCGUGUAUCAACAGAUCAUCGGCAAAGCAUCACGAGCAGUGUUGCCAGGUCUAAAUUGAAGAAAAUCCCCCAAAGGCCCUCGAAAAAUCCCUAAGUUGGACCCUAAAUCCUAUUUUUUUUUCAUUUAUGCAAAAGUGAAGACAUUUAUCAUGGUUAUUGCCCAUGUCAUUGUUCGUUUGUUCACACCAUACACAGGUGCAAAGUAGAUUGGCAACAACCAUUGCAUCAUAGAACCAACUAUAAUGAAUAACUUCGGUUGAAAUGCUGCGCUGAUGUACAUUAUAUGAUCUACAGUAGAUAGUAUACUAUUAGCAUCAUAAUAUAACUGAAAAAUAACGAAUCUUAGUGCUUCCCACCAAAACUUUUAAAAAUCCCCUAAAAUGCAUGAAAAAUCCCCUACAAAUUUUUUCCGUCCCCAAAGGCUUCUCAAAAUCCCCAAAUCGCAAAAAUGGCAACACUGGAUAAAUUGUUAAACUUAACGUACUUAUGCAUUUAUUAUACAAUUUGUAUUACAGUUCAUUCUGGUACAAUCUUAGAUCAGCAUUAACUUAGCUCUCCGAAAUCGGAUAUGCAUGAAUGACAUAUCAUAUUAAAGCGUUGAUUUUUCUCAAGAUAGUGGUAAACAAAUAAAUCAGCUAAAACCCUUCAGGAAAUAAUUAUUCCACAAAAAACAUAUAAAACAUUAUGUUCCUAUCCGUAUCAUUAAUAGCGUAGAAGUCUGCAUGGAAUAUUGCCAACUACGAUAAAAACAUUAUAAAUCAACUAAAGAUAAUUUUAUAAACAUGAAAUAAAACCCAUUUCAUGACACAACUCCUUUAUUUUUCAAAGCUCGGCCCCUAAGCGUCAUUUAACAUCAGAAACUGUAGCACGUUAACAAAUCACACCCAUGUGUAUUCAACUAUCCAUUUUGCCUUUUCUCCAGAAACAAUAACUAUAAAGGAGUCUUAACAAACUUAUGUUGAUGUUUAACAAAACACAACAGCUAAAGACCAAAGAAAAGUAUUUAAACAAUCCGGCCCAAAACAUUGUACAAAACAUGCAAAACUUUCAUGUUCAUUUAUCCGCAUCAUUAAUAGCGUAGAAGUCUGCAUGGAAUAUUGCCAGCUACAAUAAAACAUCAUAAAUCAACCAAAGAAAGUUUUCUAAACACG